AUGACUGAUUCAUCAAUAUUCAUUACAGUUGGUGUUGAAGGUUCAAUAACAAAUAACAAUUUUCAAUUUGUCUUAAAUGAUCAACAUGCUUUAUUGAUGUCUGAACUCUCGGAAGCGUUUCCAGGUGUCAUUGGUCUUAAAUAUCGUGAUGCAGAAUCCGACCCAUGGAAUUUAGUAGCCAACAAAGAUGCUGAUGAUAAUUUAAAACCGGACGAUUGGGAUACAUGGUAUUUCAAUAUGGUUUACGUGCCGCUUUAUCCAAUAUGUACGAUUUUAUUAUUUAAACAUGCACUAAAGCUUAAACGUUCGAGUUUUAUCUUUCGAGCUCAACCGGCCGUUGUCUCCAUAGCUCCAUCUGCUUUAGUUGAUGAAUCUCGUCAGGCUGCUUCAUGUGAUCGACUAUUUGUUUUUGAAAAAGGUUGGUGA